GGAAGCCACUAAGGCAAGCGGAAGAGGCGGGCUACGGAGGCCGGCGAGGGCCAAUCGGGGCGGCGAGGCGCCUUUUCCCGUCAUGCCCCGCGGGCGGGUUGUACACAAUCAUCAUGGCCGCCGCCGCCGCCUCCUCUACGUCCGGUUCUCCCGAUUCAGAAGACGCCAACAUGGACGCGGAGACCCAGGAUCCAUCUUUAGGCUGUAGGGACGAUAGCCCAAACAACUCCCUUGCGGCUGAGAAACUGCCAGAGGAGCCCUCUGGCGACCCCCCAGACUCUGUCAGCAAUGGAGGGGAAGCCGAUGCGGAGAAAGAACUGGUUGAACUCAAAAUAAUCUGGAACAAAAACAAGUACGACUUGAAGUUCCCACUGGACAGCACGGGGGCGGACCUGAAGCAGAAGAUCCACUCGCUCACAGGCCUCCCACCCGCCAUGCAAAAGGUCAUGUUCAAAGGACUGGUGCCAGAGGAGAAGACGUUACGGGAAAUCAAGGUGAUCAGCGGAGCCAAAAUCAUGGUGGUCGGCUCAACGAUCAACGAUGUCUUGGCCGUGAACACGCCGAAGGAUGCCGCGCAGCAGGAAGUGAAGCCAGAAGAGAGUAAAAAGGAGCCUCUCUGCCGACAAAAGCAACACAGGAAAGUAUUAGAUAAAGGCAAACCGGAUGACGUGAUGCCUUCUGUCAAAGGUGUCCAGGAACGACUGCCAACUGUCCCUUUAUCGGGCAUGUACAACAAGUCUGGCGGAAAAGUCCGGCUCACUUUCAAACUCGAACAGGAUCAGCUCUGGAUUGGCACGAAAGAAAGGACAGAAAAGUUGCCAAUGGGGUCCAUCAAGAACGUGGUGAGCGAACCCAUUGAAGGACAUGAGGAUUAUCACAUGAUGGCCUUCCAGCUGGGGCCGACGGAAGCCUCCUACUACUGGGUCUACUGGGUCCCCACCCAAUACGUGGACGCCAUCAAGGACACGGUGCUGGGCAAGUGGCAGUUCUUUUGAAGGCACGCCUCACCUCUGGCGCUGGGGGGACCGUCUCACGGACCGAGGGACAGACACUGCUGGGAGAGGGGCCUGGACGGGGGUCAUCCCAGGACAUCUGCCUCCGUUCGAUCCCAAAGAGGCCAGGGAGGACGCCAGAGGUGGGGACACACUCUCUCCCCCCCAUUAGUUUAUUUUUAACUUAAGAAAGAGAACAGCCGCCACCCCUGUUCUGCAGCCAGCUUCGUUCGAUCCUAUUUAAAAACAAACAUGAUGGAAAUCAAUAAAUCUUAAAUUCACAAACCCCGAAGUGUGUGUCAUACACUUUUAACUCUGCCAAGCCUCGCCCUUCUGCGAGGAAAAGGCCGACACACCGCUGUGCAUCUUUCAACACGACUGGGACGAGAGACAGUUGUUUUUCGCUCUUCAUUGUUAUGAUUUGAGCUGUUUGCUUGUGACAAGCGAGGCUUUGGGGAAUAGGUUUCUCCCUCUCCUUAGGAUCUUUGAAACAGUAUGCAAACUUGGGGUCUCAUAAGCCAUAUCUUUCUUGGUUUGUUUUUCUUGUAUUGUAGAAAGAUGGUGCAACGUUUCCCUCUUCUCUUAACCCAAAGAUGUGCUCAACUCUUUUUAACUUCUAGUAGUGAUGCCAAGGCAGGGCUUCCUGUCAUGGCUGGAGGGGAAAUGGAUAUUAUGCCAGACCCCUUUUACCCUUGUCUUGACCCACAUCCUUUCCCCGUUUAGACUCCAUCUCUCUUUUGGAACAGAUCACUUUGCAGCCGCCUUGUCACCUUUCCCUUUUGCUUUCUAUGCUCUUCUAUGGGCCGCAUUUUGCUUCAUCCCAGUAUCUGUGGCACUCUCCCAGCCAUUGUUUUCUGGUUUAUUAUUAUUAUUAACAUAGUCCAAGACACUUGGGAAGUAUCCAAUGUGUGAUCCAAUGCAACAGCCAGCAUAGAGAUCUUGUUUGCUGUGUAGUAAUCUUGUUGUAUAUCAGAUAAUAGUUAUUCUCCUGUGCCCUAUGCCAAAAGAUAAGCCUUUCUGGGAAGAGAUGGGAAAAGUCUGUAAAUGUGAGUGAAUCCGAUUUUAUUGGAGUCCCUGGUGGUGCAGCAGCUUAAACAGCUGAGCUGCUGAACUUGCUGACCGAAAGGUCAGGGGUUCGAAUCUAGGGAGUUGGGUGAGCACCCGCUGUUAGCCCCAGCUUCUACCAACCUAGAAGUUCGAAAACAUGUAAAUGUGAGUAGAUCAAUAGGGAAGGUAAUGGCGUUCCAUGCAGUCGUGCCGGCCACAUUUUUUUUUUCGUGUCAGGAGCAACCGGAGUUGCUUCUGGAGUGAGAGAAUUGGCCGUCUGCAAGGACGUUGCCCAGCGGACGCCCGGAUGUUUUGAUGUUUUUACAAUAAUAAUAAUAAUAAUAAAACUUUAUUUAUACCCCGCCACCAUCUCCCCAAUGAGGACUCGGGGCGGCUUACAUGGGGCCAUGCCCAUCCUUGUGGGAGGCUUCUCUCAUGUCCCCGCAUGGAGCUGGAGCUGAUAGAGGGAGCUCAUCCGCACUCUCCCCUACUCUAGAACCCCGGUGGCGAAGUGUGUUAAAGCCCUGAGCUGCUGAACUUGCAGACCGAAAGGUCGCAAGUUCAGAUCCCGGGAGUGGAGUGAGCGGCCGCUGUUAGCUCCAGCUUCUGCCAACCUAGUAGUUCAAAAACAUGCCAAUGUGAGUAGAUCAAUAGGUACUGCUCUGGCAGGAAGGUAACAACACUCCAUGCAGCCAUGCCAAUGGCCACAUGACCUUGAAGGUGUCUACGGACAAUGCCGGCUCUUCAGCUUAGAAACCCCCAGAGUCGGACACGACUGGACUUAAUGUCAGGGGAAAACCUUGACCUUCACCGCUUUUAUUCUAGGUCUGCCGCCUUUACCCAGGUGGCAUUUUCACAUCUUUCCUGCAUUAGUUGUGCUCUUCCUGCAGCACUUGAAUGAAAGAGCAGAUAGUGUCUUCUCCUGCACUGAACCAUUGUUUGUUUAUCCUGACAUAAGACAAUAAAUUUACUGCAAGGAGCGCUAGAAAGUCACCUGCUUCGCUGUGUUAUCGAACAUAGUCAGGGAUCGUGAAAGUAAAAUUAAGGAUAUGAAUGAAAGGGAGACCUGGGUUGCUGUGAGUUUUCUGGGCUGGAUGGCCAUAUUUGAGAACACAGAACUGCUGGACCACUCAACCACCAUGUCAGACAACACAGAGUUCUUUCUCCCACCCUGGACAUUCCACAGAUAAAUACUUUAAACCGCACUUGCCUAGUUUCCAACAGACCUCACAACCUCUGAGGAUGCCUGCCGUAGAUGCAGGUGAAACAUCAGGAGAGAAUGUUUCUGGAACAUGGGUAUAAAGCCUGGAAAACUCACAGCAACCCAGUGAUUCUGGCUGUGAAAGCCUUCAACAACACAAAGGGGGAUCCUGUUAUUCCAGGAGGAGUGCAUGUUGUUUUAUGUGAGUGGGUCCAGAGUUAUCCAUUCUGCUUCCCUCUUGGGCUGAGUUGGUCUUCCUUCUUCAGCUCUUCUCUGGUGCGCUUUAGCCAGACUCAAGCAGUGGAUGAUCAGAACUAUUGAUAAGAGUAAUCUUUUGUUCUAUUGAAACGUUGCCAGGCGACUAAAAACCCUAAAACACGUCCAAAUUGUGAAGCCAUAAGGAAGAGCAGCCAUCCUUCCCCUCCCACGACGCACUUUGGGAAAAUGGAAUUAUUGGCAGUAGUUCCUUAUCAAAGCUAAACCGGUUCUACUGGUUGAGGACUUCUUCUUUUUUUUUCCUUUUUGGCAUAGUUAUCUUAAAUAUUAACUGUGUUGGUACUAUGCCAAGCCUGUGAGGGAGGGCAGGCUCAAGAAAGUAGCCAGUUGCCAAAUCUGCUGGAUGUCCAGCAAUGUAGACCUGGACCUGUUGACUCAGAAGUGAGGCCUAUUGUGCUCCCAAGUCAGAUUGGAGGCUUACUCCUGGAUUGGAUGGUUGGCUUAUUACUACUACUACUACUACUACUACUACUACUACUACCGUGUUUCCCCGAAAAUAAGACAGUGUCUUAUAUUAUUUUUUACUCCCAAAGAUGCGCUAAGUCUUAUUUUCAGGGGAUGUCUUAUUUUUCCAUAAAGAAGAAUUCACAUUUAUUCUUGAACAAAAAAUUUAACAUUUAUUAUAUACUGUACAGUAGUUGUCAUCACAAACCAACAUAACCAAACCAGACAAAAUGUGACUCCUGUCAAGAAUUUCUUGUUAUUACCAUUAUUUCCAUUCACCUUUACCAAUCCUGCAUGCUCUGGUGUUUCAUUUGGUGGGUGCCGGGCAUGCUUCCAAACAAAAACUUUGCUAGGUCUUACUUUCGGGGGAGGCUUUAUAUUUAGCAAUUCAGCAAAACCUCUACUAGGUCUUAUUUUCUGGGGAUGUCUUAUUUUAGGGGAAACAGGGUACUAUUAGUAUGAACCUUUCUAUCAUGUGGCUGCAACAACCCCCUUUAUCUUCUCCUCUUAGUAAUAAUAAACUUAUGCCCAGCCAUAAUAAUAACAACAACAACCCUUAUUCCGGCACAGUCACUGUGAAACCUAGAAGCCCAAUCUAAUAAUAAUAAUUUAUUUGUUUGACCAGUCAUAUGACCAUUUCAAAGUGCAACAUAAAUAAAAACAAGGCAAAAAGGAUGGGAGGACAGGCAGCUGACCAUCUGUUUGCCGACAAAAUCUUAUUUUCCUGAUUCUUCUUCUUUCAGGAAAUGUGCUCUUUUCUUGAUAGCUUUCAGGAUAAAAAGGCUUACUCUAAUUAUGGUGGAUCUUUCUUGUCCUUGCAAGAGGACUGUCAGAAGAUCAUUUCUGUUGGGAGACCAAAAAUUAUGUAGUAAUGGAUGUAAAUAUCUGUGUCGAAGUUCGGCAUUUGCUGGGCAGUCAGUCAAAAAAUGUUCGAUAUCUUCCACUAUUUGAUCUCCCCAGACACACAAUCUCUCAUUUCUUGGGAUGUUACAGUAGCGACCAGUUUGCAUCAUAAUACCGAGUUGUUCAAACCUGGCCCUGGUGUAUAUUCUUCUUAAGGGCAACGGAACUGGAAUAGUCAGAUAUAGAAACCCAAUCUAGAGUAUCUGUCUUUGUUCAGAAAAGUAGCACGUUUCCAUCCUCCUCGACUCUCAAAUGUUUUCGAAGCCCUUCUUGCCUUUGUAUUAGUAGCUUACCUUGCCAUUGACAGGGCAAAAUGGGUGGCACUUUCCGCUCCUGUCAGUCUGCCUUUGUGGACUUUUCACGCCAGCCCUGCAAGGCAGGACCAGGGGGGUGGAGUCCCUCCGGAUGUUGGUUUGCUGUUCCUCCAGGCCCAAUGGAUCCCAUUCUGUUCUGAUGUAGGGAACGUGGCAUCAUAUCCCGCCUUGUCGCCAUGCAAAGAGACCUAUAGUAUGGCUGUUAGGCCUUCUUUAGUGGGUUGCCGACCCUCCAUGACUGUUCUCUUUCCUCCUUUUUCCACGAGUGCCUCGUCCUCCUCUUAGAGCUUUAGGGUGCUGCUUUGUGUUCUCUUUCGGGGACUAUCGAGUCCCUUUGGACAUGCCUCAUCUUAGAGAGUGAAAACCUGUGCAAUGUGAUGCAAACUAUAAUCCCAGCAUCUUUGGUGGCGUUCCUCCUGUAGCAUUUGGUCCGGAGGUGCCCCAGUUUGGCUCCCAGGAGCCACACAGCCUUUCCUUUCCCGCCUCGGCCAGCACUGUUUCCGCACUCAUUUGUUUAGUAAGGAGGAACAUUCUCUUUUGUAGAGCAUUGCGGGGAAUUAAAAGGCCUCCCCAGCAGCCACGCUUCAUCCGGAGAAUCCUUGGAUCAUUCAGCCGAAGUGGAUCUUGUCCAGAUCUGUCCUCCUGCUGCAAAAAAAGACCUCUCUGCCAGGAGGAAACACAUACAGUAGAGUCUCACUUAUCCAACACUCACUUAUCCAACGUUCUGGAUUAUCCAACGCAUUUGUGUAGUCAAUGUUUUCAAUAUAUCGUGAUAUUUUGGUGCUAAAUUUGUAAAUACAGUAAUUACUACAUAGCAUUACUGCAUAUUGAACUACUUUUAUUUACAGCAUUUAUAUUCCGCCCUUCUCACCCCGAAGGGAACUCAGGGCAGAUCACAUUACACAUAUAGGCAAACAUUCAAUGCCUUUUAACAUAGAACAAAGACAAACAAACAUAGGCUCCGAGGGGCCUCGAACUCAUGACCUCCUGGUCAGAGUGAUUCAUUGCAGUUAAUUGCAACUGGCUUGCUCUCCCGCCUGCGCCACAGCCCGGGCCUUUUUCUGCCAAAUUUGUUGUUUUGGUGCUUCAUUUGUAAAAUCAUAACCUAAUUUGAUGUUGAAUAGGCUUUUCCUUAAUGCCUCCUUAUUAUCCAACAUAUUCGCUUAUCCAACAUUCUGCCGGCCCGUUUAUGUUGGAUAAGUGAGACUCUACAUUUUUGGAGAAGAAGGAUGGGGAAAGGGUGGUGAGGUUUACUGCUUCUUCACUCCCCUUGGGUCUCUCUUUUUACGCUUGUCUGCAAAAGGGACGCUUCUUCCCCGUUCUGUGCAAAUGCAAUGCCUGGUGAUUCAGGAAACCUUGUCACUGUAGCCAGUGCCUAGGGCCACGGGAAACAUCACCAGCCCAGUCCUUCAUUUGUGGGUUGGCUUCGGUCUGUUCCUUAGUGCCAUCUUAGGGCCCAAGAUCUUGCUUGGGGUGAAUUUCGCAAUACGUUCCUAUCAGGUGCAAUACUCCUCUCACAUUUCCUUCCCCCUCUCCUUGCCCCCUUCUCUUUUGGGGCCCAGCAUUGAGACGCCUUCAUUACCUCCAGUGUCUCCCCAUUAAGGACAAGCACAGGGUUGUUUCCUUCCUUUAAGCCUUUGGUUGCUGCCAAGAUCCAGGUUUCUGCUUCCACGUGGCUUUGGCUGUUUUCCAGGGGUGGGAUCUUGCGUUGGCAUCCCUUUCAGGAAGUGGUUUCCAUCUCCGCUGUUUCUGGGUGCCGGGGAGGGCCUUCCGUUGUGCCUCUGAGUCUCUGGACAGAGCUGUUGCAUUUUUCUUCUUCUGCAGAGAAGCUGGAAAGCAGGAAUGGAAAAGGGGGGACACAGAUGGGAGGGGGCUAAGCGCCACGCUGCUGGGAAUAUGUCGAAGUGUAACCGCAUCCCGUUUAUUGUUCGCCUUGGUUCUGUUCUGUAUGAUUGAUCAGCCAUGUCCAUAUUAAACUUUGAUAAUGAA